GAUGGCGGCGGGCCUGUGAAGAGGGCCCGGCCGCCUUGGGCAGGCCGCAGGCCUGGCGCAGUCCCGGAUUCUCUUGGCUUCUCGAAAGGAGGGAGGAGCAGAUGGCGCUUGCUGCGGGUCCACGCUUCCCGAGGGCAUUUACUGAGUCGUCAGCGAGCGAGCUGUGUUUGAUUGUGGUAGGAGCAGCGAGUGAAGCUCCGCGCCUCGCAGGUGUCAAUACAGAUCUCGCAUCUAUUGUGCUCCCUGAUUACCCGUAAAUAACGCGCGGAUGGGUUGUUCGUACAUCUUUAGUAUAUUUGACCGUUUCAGUGGUGGUCAGUUCCACCCACCCACCCCGUAUUCGUUUUCUUCUGUGAUUUUUCUCCCCGCUUUAUUUUCCUAGAACUAAAAAUAGCGAACAGCAGUUACGUAGUCAUUUUAAUUUUUCGAGUCGCUGUUGUUCCCAAGAUGAGCGCUGUUGCCGAAGUGGCUGUUCUUGCCGUGUUUUAAAGCAUGCAGUUACGUAAGGCUGUCCUUCCUCUACAAGGGCCUGCCUUUCCCUUAAUACCCACUGCUGGCCUGGCCAGCGUUUGCGUGGUGAGGGUGCGCCAGGGAAACCGUGUGUUGGAAGACUGGGCACUCCGCGAGGGAGCUGAACCAGCCCCCUGACCUGGAUUUCCGUGUGGGCAUCAAAAUGCACGUGUGAGCACAAAGGAGAGAAUGGCUACAAAGGGCAGCGUAGGCUCUACCGAGGUUCGGGGAUGGCUGAGGCCAGUCUAACAUCAACCUUAAGAUGAGUGGCUGCCGUGUCUUUGUUGGACACUUGAGCUCACGUGCUCGUGAACGGGAUGUGGAGAAGUUCUUCAAAGGAUAUGGUCGCAUACGAGAAAUCCAUCUGAAAAAUGGAUUUGGGUUUGUGGAAUUUGAAGACCACAGGGAUGCUGAUGAUGCAAUUUAUGAACUGAAUGGUAAAGAGCUGUGUGAUGAAAGGGUCACAAUUGAACACGCUCGAGCCCGAAGAGGAAGGGGAAGAUUCUCUCAACGGUUCAGCUAUUACCAGUCGCAGAGUGGAUCUAGCCGGUAUGGGCCUCCUGUUCGUACUGAGCACAGGAUCAUCGUUGAAAACCUUUCAUCCCGUAUCAGCUGGCAGGACUUGAAAGAUGUCAUGAGAAAGGCAGGGGAGGUCACCUAUGUGGAUGCACACAGAAACAACAGGAAUGAAGGGGUUGUGGAGUUUGCAUCUUACAGUGACAUGAAGAGUGCACUGGAAAAACUGGAUGGCACUGAGCUGAAUGGACGCAGGAUUAAACUGACUGAAGACCACAGAAGGCAUAGAAGCAGAUCUCGAUCAAGGAGUUACUCAAGAUCUCGCAGCAGGUCCAGGUCUACAGGAUCUUCCAGGUCGGACAGCCGGUCCCGCUCCAGGUCAAGGUCCCGCUCCAGGUCCCGCUCUCGCUCUCGAUCCCGCUCUCGCUCGCGGUCCCGCUCUCGUUCUCGCAGUCGUACUCCUAAAAAGAGUUACUCCCACAAAAGCCACCGCUCCAGCUUGAUAGCUUCUUCCCCCUCUCCCUCUUCUUCUAAAAGAAAAUCUCGUUCUAGGUCGAGCUCUGCUCAUAGCCGUAGUUAACCUGCUCUGAGACAUGUGUUAAUUAAUUUGAUUCAAGUUUCUUGAAGACUUGAGGAAGUUAUAUAUGAGAACUGGGAGGGGAAGAGUUAACAUGAUGAAAGGGUGACCUCCUCUUACAUUGCCAAAGUGCCUGUCAUCAAAUAGGCCAUCUCUGUGAGGAGGGGCUGGCUGUCAGCUUUCUUCUUUCAGUGAAGUCUGGAGUGGGAAGUCUUUUUUAUUUUUUUCCCUGCUAUUAGUAAACAUUUCUAUCAUAGAUAUAUUAUGUACACAUAAUGCUGAGGUAAUGGGAUGAGACAAUACGCUGCUUUCUCCCUCUCUUGCCCCUUCUUUCCCCUCCACCUCCAAGGCCUUUGACUUCCAAAAUACUAUGUUAGCUUUUGUCCUUGGUAUUAAGUCCGAGAACAGGAAGUAUAGAUUUAAUUCCUUUAAGGUUCUGUGGCUACUUUUCUGUGCGAGAAUGAAUGGACCAGAUGAAAUUAGUUUAGAGUUCCCCUUUUUCCCCGUUGCUUGGCUUAACAGGCUGUUUUAAGUUCCAGCUUUACAUGACCUUGACAAUAUGCUUAAUUUGCUAAAGACUUUCAGGAAUACACAUUGGUUAGUUGAAUAUUGCUCACUUGGAUAAUUAAUUAAUAUGAUGUUAAGCAGUAAUGAAAGCUGGAAUUUUCUGUUAAAAUGAGACAUACCAUCCAGAUGUCAGGUUUAUUGGGAAUCCAUUAUAAUAAUUUUACAGUAAUUCACUAGUAUGUGGUAUUGUAUGUAUAGGCCUUAUUUGACAGGUGACUUCAUAAAACUGCACAGAAAUGUCAAUAUGCAUGUCCAUGUUUUUGAUGUUUAUAAAAGUGACAUAGCUUUCAUACCCAAAAGUGUGAUACUGAAUAACAUGUGUAUGACUAGCAAUAGUCUUGAUGGAAAGGAAGGUUAUUUUAGUAAUGAGAGCAGCAAAAAAAUCCCAGGAAAAGUGUAGUCAAAAUCUCCGGAAUGCACAGUUGUUUUGAUUAAUAGAAAUUUCCAUUGCAAAUACUGUUGUUCUUACAAUUUGGAAUUAGAUGGGUUUUUUUUAACUUCUGUAUUGUCAAAGAAGGGAAACGUUUUUGGAAAAAAUAUGUAAAUUAAUCCCGAAGUCUUACAUGUAUUUAAAUGUACCAUUCCUAAUAAAAUCAAACCUUUUUCUGGCUUA